UGUCGACCAACAAAGUAGUCGCCAGUCCAAAACUCGUCGAGUGACGGUACAACACUCACUGAUAUAUCACUUGUGAAUUGAGAGGAAGAGGAGAAUAUUCACAUUGAUUUGUCCACACGAGGAGAAGAGAGGAAAACAGGUCCCUCCAAGACACCGCAGAGAACUGGUCAACGGUUGUGCUACCAGAGUGCGAGGUGAAGUCCGCAGUUUUCAUUUCUCGUUCCACCAGGGGCCCAAGGCAACCAGAUAGACGUCCGUGAGAGCCAGCAUUAGUAGUGAGCUAGGAAAAAUAAAAAAAACCAUCCAGGGUCAUGGCUGUUAAAGAGUGGUUCAGACGACUUCAACCUGUUCAACUGUACCUAGUUCUCUUCUUCACAACAGCUUUUUUCAUCGUUGAAAUAAUAGCAAGUCAUGUAACACACUCGCUUACCCUGUUGUUGAAUGCCUAUCACAUGCUCUGCAACAUAGUAGCUCUACUCGGGUGCAUCGUAUCACUGAAGUAUGGAAGCCAGGAGCAGUGUCGAACGGAAGAAAAGGCCGGCUUCAGGGGUAGCUCUACUCUUGCUGUCUGCGAGGACAGGGGAUCCUCCAAGUCAUUGCCGACAGAUCCAAAGCAGCAAGUGAGCCCUGACAACAGAAUGAAGAACACAUUUGGCUGGGCGAGAAUUGAUAUUCUCACGAUGAUGGUAUGUGGUGUGUUUCUGGCGUCCUUCUGUUUCACACUUCUCCUAGAAGCUGUCCUCACACUCGGUCAUAUAGGACAUCUCGAUCAAAUGCAUUUGCCGGUGAUCGUGAUGGGAAUUGGCGCUAGUGGAAUUAUCCUCAACCUAUUUUGCUAUCUCAUCAUUGGAGGAUAUACUUUCAAUCAGAGCCUCUAUCUGCAUGUUACCAAAGAUGGAAGUAUCGUUCUUCAAAGAGAUGUAGCCGAUGGUGAACAAAAACUGGCCCCCACCAGAAGGAGUCCAAUCGCGAUGCCGAAGAGUCGAAGACUGAUGGAAAUCACUCGAGAUGUUUUUCCAUGUGUUCUCGUUGUUGUUGCUUCAGUACUAGUUCACUUCACAUACGAGGAAAGCACAACGACACCGGGCAAACCGAGUGAGCACGAUAUAUCGAAAUAUUUCGAUCCAGCUAUUGCCAUUAUCUCAGCGAUUUUCUUGUUCACACUCAGUUACCCCUACUUGAGAGACUCUUGUCUGAUACUUCUGCAGACAAUUCCGAAUCACAUAAACAUUGAUUCACUCCAGAAAGAAUUGCUCGCUGCAUUCCCGGGGAUCGUGAAUGUCCAUGAUUUUCAUGUCUGGCAUCUUGCUGGCACCAAAGUUGUUUCCACGGUUCAUAUAACGUUUUUAAAUCCUAAGGUUUACGCAACAAUAACGGACCAAGUAACUGCGUUUUUCGUGGAGAUGGGAAUAACACAAGUGACGAUACAGCCGGAGUUUCACAAGUCAAAUGUUGACAAGACAGACUGCCUCAUUCGCUGUCGAGGAAGACUCUGCAUCCAGUCUCAAUGUUGUAAAGGUGAAGAUGUUCUUGAAGAAAUCAUCUCAUCUAAUUCUGAACGAGAACUACAAACGGAUAACAAAAGUUACUUGAAGAAGGAAAUCAUACCCGUUUCUUCGGAAGUUGAUUUACGAAGAUUCACCCUCAAUAAAAGUGAUGACGAAAAAAGUUUCGAGGAAAUUAAUGUCCAAGUGGAUGUUGACGUGUCUCCUGAGUACAGCAACAGCACCGAUGAAGAAAUCAUUGCGGAGGUGAUACCAGGGGAUCCUGAGACAUUCUGAUUUUCCAUAUACUGAACUUCAUUCGAUUUUAUGUAUUUGUAACAAGAAGACUGUAUGUUAGUAUUAAGGAAAAACCUUUUGAAACUACGGUAAUGACAGACGAACAAAAAUGACGAUCAAAAUGAUUGGAACAACAGCAUUUACUGUAAAUAAUGGUUAAAGACUUAUUGAUUUUG